CUUAAUAAACACUAAGCAGCGCCACCUCAGUUUCCCAUCAUGCUUUGCGAGCAAGCGACCCUUCAGAACCGGAAGCUGAGAUUAUAACGGAUUUUCUCUGUCACAGAUCCCCCAGCAGCUGAAAAAAAAUGUCCGACGUGAUCGAGGAGAAGCUGAAGAACUACAGGACGGCUCCGUUUGACGCCCGUUUCCCCAACACCAACCAGACCCGCAACUGUUUCCAGAACUACCUGGACUUCCACAGAUGUAGCAAAGCUCUGACAGAGAAAGGUCAGGACACGGCUCCCUGUGAGUGGUACCAGAGGGUCUACAAGAGCCUCUGCCCCAUCAGCUGGGUCCAGAAAUGGAACGACCAGCUGGAGGCAGGAACUUUUCCCGGGAAGAUUUGAAAACACAAUUCUCUCCUUAUCUUUCUUCAUCUUACUCUUAAUGUGAAACAUUCCUAUAAUUAUGCACAGAAGCAACUAAAUAAAUGAUCUAAUUUUACUGCGA